AAUUAAGUCAUGGUCCCUGCUAGAGGACAUGGAGGGGCCACCAAUGCCAAAUGGAAUCCUUUGGCUGACGACUGCCCAAAACCUAAAAUUAUACAUUUUAGAAUAAUUUCUGAAAUUUAUGAAAGUCGCCAUUGUUUGAAAUAAACUAAGAAUUCUAGGUCUCUCUCUCUCUCUCUCUCUCUCUUCAGGGUUGAUUAUUUUGACUUCUCCAACUUAGAUAUGGGAGAGGCUCGAGAAGAGCAACUAGACAUCUCGGUCAUUCUAUAUGUUCCCUUGCCAGGGCAGGAAGCUGAAGAGGCAACCGCAACUGAGCACACCAAUGUGGCCAACCAGCAGAUACUCCAACAAAAGAACAUUAUUGAGUGGCUCCGAAUAGCCACCUUCACAUUCUUCCUUCUUGCUGGCCAGACAGUGGCUACAUUCUUGGGAAGACUAUAUUUUGACAAAGGUGGAAACAACAAGUGGAUGGAAACAUUUGUGCAAACUGCUGCCUUCCCUUUAAUCUUUCUCCUUUACUUCAUAUCACCACUCAAAAAUCCCACCACAAACGAUAUUAAUGCAAAUUCACCCUCGAAGUUGGUGCUUGUAUCUAUUUAUACCAUGCUUGGAAUAUUUCUAGCAGCAAACAGUAUGCUUUAUUCAGUUGGACUCCUAUACCUGCCAGUGUCCACUUACACUCUAAUAUGUGCAUCACAAUUAGGCUUCAACGCUUUAUUUUCCUUCUUCAUCAAUUCACAAAAGUUUACUCCUUUCAUUGUCAAUUCUGUAGUUCUUCUAACCAUCUCCUCUAUCCUCCUUGUAUUCCAAAGUGACUCUACAGAAUCAAAACCAGUCUCCAAAGGGAAGUUUGUGAUUGGAUUUAUAUGCACUCUUGGUGCUUCUGCUGGGUAUGGAUUGAUGCUUUCUUUAAUACAAUUCUGUUUCAAUAAGGUGUUAAAACAGGAAAAUUUCAAGGUGGUUUUGGAUAUGAUUGUCUACCCAUCACUCGUCGCCACUCUAGCUAUCCUGGUGGGACUUUUUGCGAGCGGAGAAUGGAAGGGAUUAAGGAGAGAUAUGGAGGAGUAUGAGCUGGGAAAUGUGUCCUACCUAAUGACUUUGAUUUGGACAGCUAUAAGUUGGCAGGUUUUUAAUAUUGGGUGUACAGGAUUGAUCUUUGAAGUGUCUUCACUCUUCUCUAAUGUCAUUAGUACUUUUGGUCUGCCUAUUGUCCCUGUGCUCGCCGUCUUCAUUUUCCAUGACAAAAUGGAUGGUCUGAAGGUGAUUGCCAUGGUUUUGGCUAUAUGGGGCUUUGUUUCAUAUGUCUAUCAGCACUAUCUUGAUGAUCAUAAGUCCAAGACUGAAAUAAACAAUGUCAAUGAAGAGGCUCCUGACUGUGAAGGAGAGCUAAUACAUGAGUAAGAACUUCUUUAUGCCAAUUGCAGCUACAGCUAAGUAUCUGUUUCCCGUAUAGAUAAACAAAGCAGGGAAGAACUUAGAUGUUGUCAAGUAAUAGAAUUGUAACUAAUCUGUUAUCUCCGAAAACUUAGAUGUUGUCAAGAACUUAGAUCUUUUUAUUUAUCUAUUGAUUAUUAUAGUACUGCAAGAUUAGCAUACACAUUUUCUGUGACAUCGAUUUGUUGUUUGUCACAAACGAAUUCAAGAUUCAAUACUAAUGCAAUUUUAUUGUAAUUCUGUA